GAGCAGGGAGAUCGCACACCAGGCCUCGCCGUCAACCACAUCCCGCUGCACCUGCGCCAGGACUCGCGGUCCAAAGAGUCUCUCGCCCCGACGACGCCGCGGUCCAGCAUCGAGAGCCAAGGCGUCGCCCCCUUUGCCCAGCGCAAGCAGUUCCCGGAGAACCUGCACUUUGCCCCCCAUUCGUUCCGCCUGCGCUCCAGGACCGCCUCGACCCGGAGCAGCAUCUCGUCGGCCAACGUGCCCGACUCGGCCACGACGUAUUCGCACUCGACGCUGGCCAGCCCCAUCAGCACCAGCUACGCCAGCGACCUCAGCGACUUCUGCGGCCACUCCAUCGACACCUCGCGCCCAGCCAGCCGCGUCUAUCAUCGGCGGCACCGCUCUUCCACGGGAUCUCUCUGCUCUCACGCCAACGACGAUGACGACGCCUUUUCUUUUGCAGGAUACCCGGACCUCAGCGCCCGGCUACUGGAGAUUCACGUAGCCUCCCCAGUCACUCCGGUCUCCCCUAUCAAGGAGGAGGAGGAGAGCCUGACGCCAAGUGACUCCUAUCAAUGGCCGCAGCUCGAGGCCGCCACCGCUGAGCCGUCUCUCUCGCCCAAGUGGGACACUACCUCGUCUGCUUCGGACGACGUGUCUUCCCAGGACACAGAGGCCAUUCUAAACUAUACGCUCCAACUAGUCUUUGGGGUGGACCUUCAGGAAGAGUCAUCCAAGGUGACGCCGGCGGUACGACGCCUUGUGUGCAAGUUUGUUGGUGAUGUUGGAAGCUCCUUUUGGACCUCGUUAGCGGACGCUGAUAUGACACAAGUCAUGUCAUCGUCGAGCAACUCGUCGACUCCUUCGCAAGGCGGUAGCUCGCAAGGUGGCAGCGGAGGCGGAGACUCUUCGUCGGCAGGCAAGAGAAAGAAGCAAGCGCGAGGCGAUGAAGAUGACGGCGAGUUCACCGACGGCGAAGGCUUGGGGUACAAUCCGCUCAAGAAGCUGCGCCCAAAUCCCAAGGACGACGAGAACCUACGCCUGAGCUGCCCGUACAGAAAGAGAAAUCCGUCGCGUUUUAAUGUCAGGGACCAUCACUCCUGUGCCAUGACUUAUUUUCCCAAGUUUGCAGAGCUAAGACAGCACAUUGUUAAACAGCACAAGCGAGACGACCCCUCUGCAUUUGUUUGCGAUAGAUGUAACCGUGAUUUUCAUACUCGGAAAGAGCUUCGAGACCAUCAGCGUCUGCCCAAAGAAGAAAUGUGCGACAUCUUGGAUCAUGACCCAGAGUCAGGGGUCGACGGAACUACGUCGAUCAAGCUCCUGUCUCGAAAGAGGGCCAGUGGAGCCUCUCUCGAGGCUCAAUGGAAAGAAAUCUGGAAUAUCCUGUUCCCGGAUGAUGAGGACCACCAGAUUCACCCAUACAAUUUUACUCCCGUCAUUGAGCAUUUCGAGCUUUCCAAUUACUACAUGUCAUCUUUCGAAGUCCUUCACUCUUCUCUUCGCGACAAGAUCUCAAACCCCGCAACGCUUGAGACUCUGACCUCCAAGUUCCAACAGUGCUUUAUGGAGGCCGUAGAGCGAUGCAUAGGCGCCGCGCAGAGCAUGCCCUACACCAAUCGCAGCAACAAGAGAAACGAACCACCUCGCGUACAGAGCUUCCAAAGUCUCAUCCCCCGAAAGGGACGGGAAAUACUGCCCCGCCCCGACUCUGGCGUUGUCAUGAUGGACGAGUGCUCCGAAGAGAGCGGCAGCAUCAAGAACUCUGUUUACGGCCCCCGAGACAGCGUUCGAACCAUUGUCAAGGACGGGGGGCAAAGGCGCGGCAGCAACUUGGUUCCCGAGCCUUCAACGACGGAUCCUACACCGGCGGCGAUGGGCAUGCUAGAUCAGAGCUUUUCGGGGCACAUGUCAUUCAUGGCACCUUUGGCCGUGGCAGACCCGAUGGAUUCCAUGGCCGUUCAGUCCUGGAAUAAUGGCGUCUCGGAUCCUAACGAUGGGGAUAUAGCCAAUAGUUUCCCCAUGACUGAUCAAUUCUAUGCUCCGGGAGAGCUCACGCCACAUGGAGACCUGGGAAACUGGGGAGGCGACUAUUAUCAGUCCUCAUUCCAUGGUCUUGAUGACCGAUUUAACCCCUUUAAUGGC